AUGGAAUUUAAUUUAAUUCUGAAUCUUGCAAUAUUAUCGUUAUUUUGUGGUUCAAUAAUAUCGAUCAAUCUGAGUCCUUGUGCCAAAUGGAAUUCAUCAGGUAUCGCGGUGGCUGGAAAUAGUAUAUACGGAAGUUCGUCAAAUGAAUUAGCUAAUCCGACUGGAAUUUUUCUUGACAAAGGUAAGAAGAUAUUGUAUAUUGCUGAUCAUAAUAAUGGAAGAAUUCAAGUCUUCUUAUUAAAUAAUUCAUCAAAUAAAAGUAUUACUCUUAUAUCUAAUCUCAAAUAUCCUGUUCGAAUUUAUGUUGAUAAUCAAGAAACAAUUUAUAUUGCACUUGAUACAAGCAAACGUAUAGAAAAAUGGAUCAAAGGAGCAACACAAGGUGUACAAGUUGGUCAAGAAUGUCGCGGAUGUUCAGCUUUAUGGAUAGACGAAGAAAAGGAUUAUGUUUACAUGUCAGAAUGGAUUCGAAAUCGAGUGAGCAAAUGGUCAAAUGAAACCGAGAAUACAACAACUGUUGCUGGUCAAUCAGAUCGAACUGGAGCAACAAAUCAAUUUCUCAAUGGUCCAAAAGGAUUUUAUUUUGAUAAAAAAAGUGAUACAAUAUAUGUUGCUGAUACAGGUAAUCAUCGAAUUCAAAAAUGGCUUAAGAAUGCUGAACAAGGUAUUACUGUUGCUGGAUCAAGUAGUGGAAAACGAGGUGAAGAUGCUGCAUCAUUAUGGUUUCCUGAGAAUGUUUUUAUUGAUGAUCAAACAAAUGUUAUUUAUGUUACCGAUACAAAUAAUAAUAGAAUUCAACGUUGGUUAUUUAAUGCAUCUCAAGCUGAAACUAUCAUUGGUGCAUCAGGUCGAGGAAAUCGAACUGAUCAAUUAAAUCAUCCAACUGAUUUAGCAUUUGAUGAUGAAGGAAAUCUCUAUGUAUGUGAUUCUUAUAAUAAUCGUGUACAAAUGUUUCAAUUAAUCGACAAUCAAUUGUGUUCAAAAGGAAAUAAUUCAAUCAAUGAGUAA